UCAACAAUGGCCGCUCUCUCUCUCCACAUCUAAAUGCAGCUCUCUCUUUCUCUCUCUAAAGCAAAACCCAUCAACAAUGGCCUUCCCUCUUCACUGCCCUCCGCUCUCUCCUCCUCCUCCCAAGACCUCCUUCGCCGCCGCCGCCGCCGCCGCCGCCGCCGCCUCCUCCUCCUCCCCGAACCACCCCUGUCCCCGUCUCUCCUCCCUGGCUCCCCCUCCCCACCACCGGCGGCGCCGGCGGAAGCCGGGCUCCCUCCGGUGCAGGGCCUCCUCCUCCUCCUCCCCGGAGCACCGCCGCGCCGGCCCCGCGCCCUCCUCCGACGCCGCCGAGCUCCCGCUCUUCCCCCUCCCCCUCGUCCUCUUCCCCGGCGCCGUCCUGCCCCUCCAGAUCUUCGAGUUCCGCUACCGGGUGAUGAUGCACACGCUCCUCCAGACCGACCUCCGCUUCGGGGUCGUGUACGCCGACGCCGCCUCCGGCACGGCGGACGUCGGGUGCGUCGGCGAGGUCGUCAAGCACGAGCGCCUCGCCGACGACCGGUUCUUCCUCAUCUGCAAGGGGCAGGAGCGGUUCCGGGUCACCGGCGUCGUCCGCACGAAGCCCUACCUGGUGGCGCGGGUCGAUUGGCUCGAGGACAGGCCGUCCAGCGACGGAGGCGACGACGUCGAGUCGCUGGCGGGCGAAGUGGAGGCGUACAUGAAGGACGUGAUCAGGCUGUCGAAUCGGUUGAAUGGGAAGGGAGAGAAGGAAGCGCAGGACCUCAGGAAGAAUCAGUUCCCAACGCCCUUCUCGUUCUUCGUCGGAAGCACGUUCGAGGGCGCGCCACGGGAGCAGCAGGCGUUGCUCGAAUUGGAGGACACGGCGGCGAGGCUGAGGAGGGAGAAGGAGACGUUGAGGAACACGCUCAACUACUUGACCGCCGCCUCUGCGGUGAAGGAUGUGUUCCCUUCGUCGUGAUCGAUUCCAGAGGUUGGUUCUGGUUUAGCUUUACAACAUAACUUCGCGAGGAGAUUGUGGUGGGAUUCUGGCAAUGUUGUAUCGAUCAUCGUUGUCACCAUCGGACAGUUUGUCUACGAUCAAACUCCUUGUUCAAAGUAAGGGAUGGGGAUCCAAGAAAACGGACCGUCCUUUAUUCGGUAGUCCUACUCUGGACCAACAAAAUAAGCACAAGCGGAAGUUCAAGUUCAGAGAAGUGCAGGCCAUUUAAGCAAAUCAUAGAGCUUCUCCGAUCUCAAGCGGGUUCUUAAGUGGCGGCAGAUCGCCUUUCUGAAUCCGGAUUAUUGCUGCUAAUGAGUAAUGUCGUCAAACAUGAUCUGUGUAUGACGAGAGCUCCCGGUGUACAUGUUUCUUUUCUGCAUCAUAGUUGAAUUCUUCCAAGAGCUGAACUUUGCCGUGUCGAGGUGAUUAAAUCUGUUUAUCUUCGGUUGUCAGCAUACACAUUCAUCGGCCACCCUGCGGAUCCACUGUUUCUGCCAGUCAUAAUAUGAUCUAUUCAUGGUUACUA